UAACUCUCGUAUUCAACAGGUCUGCUGGAGAAAACGAGGAUAAAGAUAAGCACCCUCUCUCUUUGUUUUAUGCAGAAGAGAACAGUGAACAGUUGACCACCAGUCAACAUGCUGGUGUUUUUGAUUCUCGUGUGGAUAUGCGUCUUCAUCUUCUUUCUUUUUAUCCGUAUUCCAAGACCUAUAAACUUCCCUCCUGGACCUCGACCAGUCCCAUUUUUUGGAAAUCUGCUCCAGCUCAACAUUAACAACCCUUUGAAAGAUUUCGAGAGGCUGGCAGAUCGCUAUGGAAAGGUCUACAGUCUGUACAUUGGAUCGAGACCUUCAGUAGUGCUAAAUGGUUUUGAAGUUAUGAAGGAAGCUCUUGUUAAUAAGGCGGUAGAUUUCGCUGGACGCCCACAAGAUCUCAUGGUCAACCAUGUCACAGAGGGACCCAGUGGAGGAGGAGGAGGUGUUAUUUUAUCUGACUAUGGCCCUGAUUGGAAGGAACACAGGCGCUUUGCUCUCAUGACCCUCAGAAACUUUGGCCUGGGCAAGCAAUCCAUGGAGGAGAGAAUUCUGGGAGAGAUCACACAUAUUGUUGACAAACUGGAAAAAGCUGUUGGAAGUUCUAUUGAUCCUCAGACUAUGUUCCAUAAUGCUGCAUCAAACAUCAUCUGCAUCGUCCUGUUUGGAUCACGCUAUGAUUAUGACGAUGAAUUUCUCAAGACUUUUAUAAACAUAUAUACAGAGAAUGCAAAGAUUGCCAAUGGACCAUGGGCCAUGAUAUAUGAUUCAUUUCCUUUGCUUAGAUAUCUUCCCUUGCCCUUUAAGAAGGCUUUUGCAAACGCCAGUAAAGCCAGACAAAUGUCAUCAAAUCUGAUCACUGAGCACAAGAGGACGAGAGUCCCAGGAGAGCCGAGAGAUUUCAUUGACUGCUAUUUGGAUGAGCUUGAUAAGAGAGGAAAUGAUGGAUCCAGUUUUGCUGAAGAACGACUUAAAUUGAACAUUUUGGAUUUGCACUUCGCCGGCACUGAUACCACUUCUAACACUCUCCUCACUGCAUUUCUCUACCUCAUGACUCAACCUGAUGUUCAGGCGAGAUGUCAGCGAGAGAUUGAUGAUGUUCUGGAAGGUAAAGAUCACGCGUCAUUUGAAGACAGACACAACAUGCCGUACACACAAGCUGUGAUUCAUGAAGUUCAGCGUGUUGCUAACACAGUCCCAUUGAGUGUGUUUCACUGCACCACCAAAGACACAGAACUGAUGGGUUACAACAUCCCAAAGGGAACCCUUGUUAUUCCUAAUCUUACUUCUGUACUGAAUGAAGAAGGUCAGUGGAAGUUUCCUCAUGAGUUUAAUCCAGACAACUUCCUGAAUGAUCAGGACCAGUUUGAGAAGCCUGAAGCCUUUAUGCCCUUUUCUACAGGGCCCCGUGUGUGUCUUGGUGAGGCUCUUGCUCGUAUGGAGCUCUUCCUGGUCUUGGUCACCUUGUUGCGCCGUUUCCAGUUUGUUUGGCCUGAAGAUGCAGGGGAACCAGAUUACACCCCUGUGUUUGGGGUCACAUUGACACCUAAACCUUACAGGAUGCACAUCAUGCUCAGAGAGCCGGUCAAAUAAAACUAUAUAUAUUUUACAAUG